AUGAGCAACACCGAUUUCCUAGGCCGUGCGAUUGACACCGUCAAGAAAGCCAUCGAGAACGACAAUGAAGGCGAGUACGAGAAAGCUUAUCAGCAAUACUACUCCUCACUAGAGCUGUUCAUGCUCGCCCUAAAAUGGGAGAAGAACCCCAGGUCCAAGGAGAUGAUCCGCGCAAAGACGGCCGAGUACAUGGAUCGCGCGGAGAAGCUGAAGAACCAUCUGGCAUCGCAGGAUAGUCGGAAAAAGCCAAGUGCGGUAGGCGCCAACGGCAAGGUGUCGCAAGGCAGUGGGAAAGGCGGGAAGGAAGAGGACGACGGUGAAGACGCCGAUUCGAAAAAGCUACGGUCCGCCCUUGCUGGUGCCAUCUUGUCGGAAAAGCCGAAUGUGCAAUGGGAGGACGUUGCGGGUCUUGAGGGCGCAAAGGAGGCCUUGAAGGAAGCAGUCAUUCUCCCUAUAAAAUUUCCACACUUGUUUACUGGACGGCGACAACCGUGGAAGGGUAUUCUACUCUAUGGACCUCCGGGCACUGGAAAGUCAUAUCUCGCCAAGGCCGUCGCGACAGAAGCAAACAGCACAUUCUUCAGUGUCAGUAGUAGUGACCUGGUUUCGAAAUGGAUGGGUGAGAGUGAAAGACUCGUGAAACAGCUCUUUAACAUGGCUCGAGAGAACAAGCCCGCGAUUAUAUUUAUCGAUGAAGUCGACGCGCUCUGUGGCGCUCGUGGAGAGAAUGAUUCCGAGGCGUCACGCCGUAUCAAAACCGAAUUGCUUGUCCAAAUGGACGGAGUAGGAAAUGACUCCAAAGGCGUCCUCAUUCUAGGCGCAACGAAUAUUCCUUGGCAGCUAGAUGCUGCUAUCCGCCGAAGAUUCCAACGACGAGUCCACAUUAGUCUCCCAGAUGUCAACGCGCGCAUGAAGAUGUUCAUGCUAGCAGUGGGCUCAACACCCUGUCUUAUGACACAGGCCGACUACCGGUCACUCGCAGAACAGAGCGAGGGCUACUCCGGUAGCGAUAUCAGUAUCGCCGUCCAAGAUGCACUUAUGCAACCCAUUCGCAAAAUCCAGACAGCAACACACUACAAAAAGGUAUUACAUGAAGGCCAAGAGAAACUAACCCCGUGUUCCCCCGGCGAUAAUGGCGCGGUGGAAAUGAGGUGGGAGAACGUCGAGGCCGAGCAACUUCUAGAACCUCCUCUCAUACUCAAAGACUUCAUCAAGGCCGUCCGCAACUCGCGGCCAACAGUCAGCCAAGAUGAUCUAAAGAGGAAUACGCAAUGGACCGAAGAGUUCGGCAGUGAGGGUGCUUAA